UAAAACAUCAAAAUGGCUGUCAGAGAAUCAGGAAGAGUUAAAGAUGCUAUGCAAAAAAGAAUACUUGAUGAGGAUGCAAGAAAAAGAAGGCAAAAAAAAGCAUUGGAAGCUUUGGAACAAGACAACUUUCAUGAAGAUCCUCAUGCAGAUCUAGUGAUGCAUAAAAAAGCUCCAAAGUUUCAAGAUGACUUGAAAAAUGCCACACGAAAUAAAAGGAAAACUAGAACUGCAGAUUAUUUCAAACAAAGGUUCAGAAAAAAUUUUGCUCAACUCGUGGAAGAGGAUUUGAACUAUAAUAGUACAGUUCCUAACUAUACAACAGCGCAAGCACCACCUUCAGCUUUUCCCGAUAGACAUUUUUGUGCUGUUUGUGGUUUUCCUAGUCCUUACACAUGUAUUCCAUGUGGGGCAAGAUAUUGUUCUGUGAAGUGUCUUGGCAGUCAUCUUGACACUAGAUGCAUGAAAUGGACUGCAUAAAUAUUUACAUUUACAAAUAAAAUUUAUUUAAGUGAGAUUUAAUAACUUAAUGUAAUGAGUAAUGUAACAAUAGUUUCAAUACUGAAAAAGAAAAAUUUUAUAAUCUACCUCUAGUAUUAACUAUUUUUAAUUAAACCUUGAAGAUUAAGCAAUUGUAAUAAUUUCAUUAGGUAUAAAUAUUUUUUUAGGAUAUAAGUAAAGAAGAUAACCCAAAAUGUAUCUAAACUAGAUCGAUUUUUAAAUAAAUUAUACAAGACAGCCAA